CGUCGCACCCGCCAUGCGCCUCUCGCUGCUGCUGCCGCUGCUGCGGCCCGCGGCGCCCGUGGCCCUCGGCGUGUCGCUGGGGCUGACGCUCAGUCUGCUCAGCGCCGGCUGGGGUCAGGCGCCCUGCGGGCCGCGCGCCGCGCGCCGCCCCGCCUCCCCGCCGCGCGCCGGCCCCGCCCCCGCCCGCCAACCGCCGCCCGCCGCCGCCUGGGAGCCGCGCGUGCUGCCCGCCCGGCCCGCCGCGCCCGCGCGCGCCGCCAGCAAGGCCGUCAGGACGCGGUACAUCAGUACGGAGCUGGGCAUCCGGCAGCGGCUCUUUGUGGGCGUGCUCACCUCCAAGAACACGCUGAACACGCUGGCUGUGGCCGUGAACCGCACACUGGGGCAUCGGCUGGAGCGGCUGGUGUACUUCACGGGCACGCGGGGCCGCAAGGUGCCGCACGGCAUGACAGUGGUGACGCAUGGCGACGAGCGGCCCAUAUGGAACAUGUACCAGACCAUCAAGUACAUGCUGGACCACUACGUGGGCGACUUCGACUGGUUCUACCUGGUGCAGGACGACACCUACACGGAGGCCCAUCGCGUCAGCCGCCUGGUCGCCCACCUCAGCAUCGACACCCUCCUCUACCUGGGCCGGCCUGAGGAGUUCAUUGGUGGUGACACCGAGGGGCGCUACUGCUACGGUGGCUUCGGCUACCUGCUCUCCCGCAGUCUGCUGCUGCGCCUGCAGCCCCACCUGGAGAACUGCCGCAACGACAUCCUGAGCGCCCGGCCCGACGAGUGGCUGGGGCGCUGCAUCAUCGACUACACGGCAAUCAACUGCGUGGAGGAGCACGAGGGCCUGCGGUACCAGUACUUUGAGCUGGGGAAGAACACGGACCCGGAGCGGGAGAGCGACCCCCGUUUCCAGAGCGCGUUCACUGCCCAUCCCGUGCUGGACGCUGUCCAGAUGUACAGGUUGCACAAGCACUUUGCUCAGGUGGAGCUGGAGAGGACCUACCAGGAGAUCCAGCAGCUCCAGCUGGAGAUCCAGAACACCAGCAGCCUGUCUGCGGACGGAGACCACGGCGCCAUAUGGCCUGUGGGCAUCACACCCCCGUUCCAGCCCAAGACGCGCUUCGAGGUGCUGCGCUGGGACUACUUCACGGAGGAGCAGUUGUACUCGUGCGUGGAUGGUUCCCCCAAGUGCGAGCUGCACGGCGUGGACAUGGCUGACGUGGCCGACGUGGUAGCCAUGGCCAUGGAGGAGCUGAACCGCAAGUACCAGCCUGUGCUGCACAUCCGCAAGCAGCAGUUGGUGAACGGGUACCGGCGCUUCGACCCCACACGGGGCAUGGAGUACACGCUGGACCUGCAGGUGGAGGUGGUGACGCAGAAGGGGCACAGCCGCUCGGUCGUCAAGCGCGUGCACCUGGUACGGCCCCUCAGCGAGGUGGAGAUCAUCCCCAUGCCCUACGUGACUGAGGCCAGCCGCAUCAACGUCAUCCUGCCGCUGACGGCGCAUGACCGGGACCACGCUAGCCACUUCCUGGAGGUGUACGCGGCGGCCGCCUUCGAGAGCAGCGAGAACGCCGUGCUCACCUUUCUCUUCAUCUACGACCCCUUCGAGGCCCAGCAGGUGGCACAGAACGACAUCUUCGCCCCGGUCAAGGCCAGGAUCACAGAGUACGAGCGCAAGUACGCCGAGCUGAAGAUCCCCUGGAUCAGCGUCAAGACAGACGCGCCUUCCCAGAUCAAGGUCAUGGACAUAAUCUCCAAGAAGCACCCCGUGGACACGCUUUUCUUCGUGGCCAGCGUGGACACCGAGGUUACCACUGACUUCCUGAACCGUUGCCGCAUGAACACCAUCAACAGCUGGCAGGUCUUCUUCCCCAUCCACUUCCAGGGCUACAACCCGGCCAUCGCCUACCACAACCAGGCGCAGCCCGCCACCCUGGAUCUGAUGCGGGACGCUGGGCGCUUUGACCGAGACAUCUUCCACGAGGCCUGCUUCUACAACGCCGACUACAUGGCUGCGCGCACCCGCAUGGCGGGCGACGUGCAAGAGAACGAAGACAUCUUGGAGACCCUGGACAUCUACGACAUGUUCAUCAAGUACUCCAGCCUGCACGUCUUCCGGGCCAUGGAGCCCGCCCUGCUGCAGCGCUACCGGCAGCACGUCUGCAACCCCCGCCUCAGCGAGGAGAUCUACCACCGCUGCAUGCAGAGCAACCUGGAGGGGCUGGGCUCCCGCUCUCAGCUGGCCAUGGUGCUCUUCGAGCAGGAACAGGGCAACAGCACCUGAGCUGCAGGAGGGGCUGGCUCGGCCAGCCUCCCCACGGCCUGCCCCACCUGCUCUGCUGGCUCUGGUUGUUCUCCCCCUCCCACGUGGUGCAGCAGAAUGCCUCCCUGCAGACAAUGGGCUGGAUGGGGGCGGGGGAGUGUGGGGGAUGGGCUCAGACCAUCAGCUCUAGACUAGUGCUGGCACUGGCUGGGCUGGUGCUGAUAGGGGACCUGUGAUCUCCUGGGGCUGGGGAGACUCACCUGGGAGCUGGUUAGAGGAUGGGGCUGGGAGCCAGGCCGCCUGGGUUCUGAUCCCAGCUCUGCUCUGGACCCUGUCUGGUCUCAGUGUCUCCCUCUCCCCUCUUUUCAUGGGGCAGUGAUACUGAGCAGCCCCUGGGAGGGGGGUUCAUGGGGGCUGGCACUUGCACUUGUCCUGACUCUGGGCUGGGCAGGGCCCCAUGAAAUGCCCUGGAAGGCAGAGAGUGACUGGUGGAGGAGGCUGGAGACUGCAGUGGGGCUGGGGUCUCUCCCUGUCUUCUCCACACAGCGCGUCGGCCAUGUUGGGGCUGCCACCUCCUGGAGCAGCAUGGACCCUCUGCUCCUGUGUGCACAGGAUGCCUGGCCCUGCCCCGCAGUGUGCAGCUUUGCCGGGCUUUGCGUGCUGGUGAGUGUGGGGCGUUGAUGUGUGUAGAGUGACUUGUGGGGACAGGGCUGGCCAUGCGACUCUAUCCCGCAGCAAGGUGCAGCACCCCGUCUCUUGCCCUCUGCCCCAUGGACUCCGCUGGCUCCGGUGGGCUGAGGCUCCCUUCCCCCUCCUGCGGCUGGCAGGGUGGGGGGCUCCGGCCCUGGAGCACGUGGCUUUAAAGAGUAAUUGCCUGGCUUUGCCCCCCAGGUGCUGGCCACUUGGGGUUGGAGGCUCUGAGAGCCCCGUUUGGUACAUUGUCACUCAGCCCCGCACCCACAGCGUCCCUGGGGUGCUGCAGGGCAGGAGGGAUUAGAGCUGCAGGCCAUAAUGGGCCUGAUCCAGGGCUCUGUGUCCCAGGGAGUUCAGGGUGCCGUCUCCUGUCCUGAACGCGCAGCGUGGGCUCUGGGCAGCUGGAACCUGCUGCUGGAGAC